AUACGAGCCCUCUUCUUCCCUACCACGCCAGGCGUGCGCUCACUCCCAAUCUCCAUAUCAACCAGUACCCCUUGAAAGUGAAACCCCUCAAAAACACAACCCAACGAUGGCAACAACUACCCUCCUCGGCCUGACCCUGACCCUCUCCCCACGCGCCCUGACCCUCCUCCGCCUCACCCCCCUCCUCAGCACCACCGCCUCCCUCGCACACGCCUACAUGGAAUACCUCACGACAACAUCCUUCCUCGCCGCGCCACCCACCUCCAACGCGCUCACCCGCACCAUCCUAGGGUCCACCGCCCCCGUCCCACGCAAACCCACCGCCGCGGCUGCGCUCGCAGCCGCAACCGACGUCCUUCUCCCCGCGUGGUUCGUCAAUUUCUUCAACACGGGGCUGUGGUCUGUGCUCGCGCUCAACAGCACCACCCUCGUCUCCGCGGCAGCGAACCUGUGGGCGGUAGGCGGGCUCGGGGAGGCGAGUGGGAAGUGGUACUUUGCGGGCUUCGCGGCGGCGGUGGCGCAUCUGGCGUUUGCGCCGGCGGUGGCGGGGAGCGUGGAGGGGUUGUAUCGGCUUUGUGUUGAGGGGUGCAAGGGCGAGGAGGGGAAGUCUGGGGAGGGGAGGGCGGCAAAGUUGCUGGGGGAGUGGGUGGGGUGGCACAAGGUGAGGUUGUGGAGCGUGGAUGUAGCGGCUUGGGUGUGCUUUGGGGUUGCGGCGGUGGAGGCGUUGACGGUGUAGGAGCGGUCGGAGAGUCUGGAGCACAGAGUCCUGAGUGUGUCGGUAGGUGAGAGGCUGUUUUGUUUUCUCUGAGAUCUGGGAGGGCCUGCAUAUUUGCGCGGCCAAGUCGCACCUUGCUACCACAUGGUUCGCAGACGAUUGUAAUAUAUUCGACGCUCAAAUGCCGGGAAAAA